GGUGGCUCUACUGAUUCUUUUUAUCUCGUUUAUAAUCUUUCAUCAGCCAAAACCCCACCGGCACCGGCCCACCAUUUACCAGCAGAACAAAAUCAUGUCCCCGAAGCAGGAUUCCAUACCCUACGCUCCUCUUCCUCAGGACGCUCCUCUGCAAAACGUCGUAGUUAUACUCCCUUCGUACUACAGGUACCCCCCUUACUACCAUUGCCUUCGCCGAUGCUUGCUCUUCAUCGCAUCAUUCCUCCUCGUAGCUGCCGUUGUCUUCUUCCUCUAUCCCUCCGACCCGAACCUCAAACUAGCUAGGAUCCACCUUAACCAUGUCCGGUUCAAUACGUCCCCGAAACUUACCCUCGACCUCUCUUUCUCAGUCACCAUCAAGGUUCAAAACCGGGACUUCUUCUCUCUCGAUUACAAUUCCCUCCUCGUCUCGAUUGGAUACAGAGGAAGGGAGCUAGGGCUCGUAAGCUCCAAUGGAGGACAUGUGAGUGCCAGGGGAAGUUCGUACGUCAACGCUAUCCUUGAUCUUGAUGGCCUCGAGGUUAUCCACGACGUGAUUUACUUGAUCGGAGAUUUGUCUAGGGGUGUUAUCCCUUUUGAUACUGAUACUCGGGUCAAAGGAGACCUCGGGGUUUUCUUCUUCAAAAUCCCGCUCCAGGGAAAAGUAUCAUGUGAGGUGGAUGUUAAUGUAAACAAUCAGACAAUUGUCCGUCAAGAUUGUCACCCUGAGUGAUGUCUUGAGGGUCCAGCAUAGUUUACCAAUGAUGAACUGGAAGUCAGUAGCUACUGUAUGGUUUGGGAUGUUCGGGUGCUGGAGAUAGAAGCUAUUAGCUCUGCCAUAGCUCUUUGGUAUACCAUGCAAGUCUUCUCAGUAUGUUAAUAUAAAUCAUUUAUAGGUGGAUGAUACUUGUUAACUAAUACAAAGAAAAGAGUAAUGAAAAUGAAUUCAUUUCAGGUAGGAACUGCAGCACUACUUCUACGUUUUUCAUUAAUGAACAAAAAAAAAAGUGUCAGCUUCAGUUUUACUCGAAAGUUAUCCCUUGUACAUUUUUUAGAUUGUAUUCAAAAUGCAGUAUGGUGAUAUUAUGUACAA